AUGGAUGGUACUCCUCGAAAUCUAUCCAGUCUCGAGGCAAGGUCGCACGCAGUCCCCGCCUGGCUCAUGACGGCCGACUUGCCGUCAGGUGAAGGAUUGAACAAGCUCGUUGAAGUAUAUUUUGAGCGUAUCCACACUGUGCGAUGUCUAGGAUUCCUACACAUCCCAACGUUUAUGGAGAAGUUGAAGAGUUCUGACAAAACAUAUACCGAGGAAUCUGGGCUCCUUCAUGUCAUGUGCGCCUUGGCCGCUCCAUUUAUCUACGGCGAUAUCUGCAGUCACGGUGAUGAAGUUGAUCGCGAAUUGAGAUUUUACGAGGCAGGAAAAGGUUGGGCAGAUACUGCACUGCAGUAUUCAUUCCGAAACCUAGGAACCCACAAACUGGAAUGCUUGGCGACAGAGGUUCUGCUUCACGAAUACUAUUUACGUACUGGAGAAUAUGCGAAAGCAUUGGUGGUUUCCGGACAAAUUACCAGGCACUUGCAGCUCCUUCAGCUGAACGUGGAAUAUGACCCCGAAGCUCAUCGAAAAGCACGAUUGUCUACUCCCGUCAAAGAAAGCAGGAGGAGGCUUAUGUGGGCUUGCUAUCUGCUCGAUGCUUUCAUUGAGUGUGGCAUCGAUCAACUUCGCCUAAUCUCGGCGGAGGAUAUCCAUGUCCAGCUGCCAUGCCCUGAAGAUUUGUUUAUUAGAGGUUCGCCUUGCGUUACGGAAACGCUACACUCCCGCGAAGUACCUCCUGGCAUGCAUACGCAUUUCGAUGUUCCCGACUUGCGAGCAUUAUAUAUUCGUGCAAUAAGGCUUCGUGCAAAGAUCCUUAAGUACGUGAAAGAGUUAGAAGAUGAAGUCCCAUGGGAGUCCGAGUCGCAGUUCUCUCUUCUCAAUACGGAGCUUCAGAAUCUUGAAGCCUCCAUUCCAGAUGCAUUGAAAAUGACUACCGCAAACAAGUAUCUGUAUAAAGCAUCAGGGCGACUCAAUCUUUUUUUCGGCCUUCACAUUGUACUCUCUCAAACAUCCAAUGAUUUAUAUCGAAUCUGUGUCUCACAGCUGGUGUUCCCCGAUACCUCGACCAAGUGGAUUCGAGAGCAUGCACCAAAACCCUUUCUCGAGCGGUGUCACCGCACGUGCUUGGAGAAAGCAGUGUAUAUUUCGACCCUCUUGAAGGAUCUGUGGCUGUGUCACAAGCUCAGUCUCAUUGAUACAUUGUAUGCAAACCAUGUUCAAAUUUGCAGCAGUGUUUUAGUGACUACUCUUCUCUCAUGGGGUGACACCGCAACUUUGCUUCCCCAAUUUGGCUAUAAGAGUUAUCGCACAAUGCUGCAAGAUAAUCUCACAAUCCUGCAGUACCUGCAAAAGUACCUCAAUGUAGAUGCAUACUGUCAGUCUGCAAAAGAAGCCCUGAAACGGUUCAACCAGCUUUUCCCUGCAGAAGCUCCAUCACAGAUCCAUCGUCCAUUGAAGGAUGGCAUGAUCAAUGACCAAGUGGUGGCACACUCGCAGUCCUCCCUUGAGUACAUUCUGAACCCUUUGGGAACAUAUCCUUUAGCUCGGAAGCAGACACAAGAUCAGCCUACAUUCAAUAACACCGAGAAGGGAGAAGCCAUAGUGGGUGAAGCGCUCAAUAUGAUGACUGAACAACCGGUCACAAUUGGUGAUGACAAUGUUGAUAGUUUGGAUGAGUCGGUCUCUCCUAGUCCUUUUGAAUGGGGGUCGGAGACUCUGAUGUUUGAUUCCGCAGGAUAUCCCACUUUCUUAGACCAGCUUACGGGAUGGGGCUCUACGAACUUGGAAUGGAAUGAAUGGGGAAAUUAA